CCGGGCGAGAAAAAAAUGUAAUGACCUCACGGGUUUCCGUAGCUUUAUUAUAUAAGGAGUGUUACGUUUUGAUUCGGUUUAAGCAUUAUUUAAUUUGUUGUUGAACGUUCAGGAAUCGAAACAUGAUGCUAAAAUCACUUGUGUGUCUCGCGGUGUUGCAAUGCGCAUGCGCUUACCGAAGUUACAGAAGUAAAAUUCCCAAUGGAGACGCCGUCCCGUACCCCUGCAAGCCAAAUAACGUGUGGGAGGGGGUGGGUCACAUAUUGGACGAAGGGACCGGGGUUCGAAACUCGUUCGGUUUGGAUUUUCAAGCCGCUGGACAUGCGUGGAAAGAAGAGCUGUGUAGAAAAGAUUCAGACGGUGAUGGGAUGACCAAUGGUCAAGAGUUGGGUGAUCCUGACUGUACAUGGAAAGAGAACUCUAUUCCUAAACAAACCACUGGAUUAUAUCACCCUGGUAUCUGUGACCCGUGGGACUCCCCGUCCUGCCUGGCUAAGCCCGUCACCCACCCGGUGUACAAGACCCAGGGGGACUGGAUGAGAGAGGAGUGUAAGGCCCAGGAGUUUGUUUGUGCUGGCAAAGAUGAACCAGGUGUGCAGAACCUCACCGUUCACCUGCCCAGCGACUCUCAAGUCCCGCAGAAAGAGACCACCUACAUGUGCCAGAUCUUCGACCUGGAGAGCUUGAUCACACCUGGGGAUUAUCACAUGAUCGCCGUAGAGCCGGUGAUUGACAACGCUUAUGUGCUACACCACAUGGUCUUGUUCGGGUGUACAGAUGAACAAGAAGCGACCAACUCGUCAUUCGAGUGCGGCAUGGUCGCCUCUCCUGAGUGCCAGGAUUUUCUCAGCGUCUGGGGCGUGGGUCUGUCCGGGGACUGCAGCCACCCCAGUGCAGGGGUCAGGUUAGGGGUCAAAGGGUACAACAGGAUCGCAUUACAGGUCCACUGGAACAACCCAGACAAAAUCUCCAAUUGGACGGACAACUCGGGGCUGAGGCUAUUCUACACACCCAACAGGAGAACCUAUGACGCAGGCAUCAUGCUGACCGGCUCCAACAGCUUCGUGCUUCCCCCAAGACAGGCGUCUGUGAGCGUGAAAAGCACGUGCACGAAGGGCUGCACCAGCCAAUCGUUCGCGGGACCGAUUCACGUGACUACGGCCUGGAACCACAUGCAUUACGCUGGCAUCCAGAUGAAUAUACAGGUGUUUAGGAACAACACAGCCUUGAUGUUUAUAACCAAUGACCCGGUGUACAUUUACGAUAGUCCCCAGGCCCACUCGUACACCGACAACCCCGUCAUUCUCCUGCCAGGGGACGAAAUCGUGACCACCUGCACCUACACCACGACCAAGUUAGACCACUCUGUUUUUCAAGGGGAGGCAACCUCUGACGAGAUGUGCUUCGGCUUUCUCAGUUACUACCCUAAAGAGAACCUGACGAAUCGGUUUUGUCUCACUGAAAGCCCUGAUUUCAGUUUAUGUGACAACAACCAGUGGAUAGAACGAGGAUGUCGGUACUGGGAGGACAACUACUACCAGGAGCUGUACCAGGGGCUGGUGGCCAACUGCAAGCAGUUCACGCCCUGUCUGCAGGAGUGUGUCCAGUUCAUCGUACAGGCGACACAGAAGAAUGCCUGUCUACAGGGAGAUAACUUUGAGUUUAUAAAGAGAAACGAACUGAUCAAGAGCGAUGGUGGUAAAGAAAUCAUGGCCCUGAUGGCCUCAUGCGCAGUCGAAGUCUAUCUGGCCACCCACCCAGCGACCAACACCUUGACCACCACACCCACCAGUGAGGGUGGUGUGGACACCGCUCACUCCGUCAGUGCCGGAGGUCUGAUGGUCAUCUUGGUGCCAGCUCUGGUACUCCUGCUGGGAAUAAACUAAAAACUCUCGUGUCAUUUCCGGUCAUUUUUGGCCACCCGUAUUUUGUUUUACGUGUUUAGGUUAGGGUCGACCAAUAGGGACCGAAACACUCUACUGGACAAUCGUGUUAUUAACAACUUGUCGACUCAAACCCUCUGACAUAUCAUUAGGCUUAAUUCAUUAUGACAUUAACUUUUAGUAUUUAUAUUUUACUUUUUUUCAAGAACUAAUAUAUAGGUCACUUCCUUAUUCUAGUUGUUACUAGCUGGUGUAAAUAGUUUUUAAAUACCUUUUUUUUUAGUUAUUAUUAUUUUUUAGAUUAAAAGCAUUGAUUUGCGUUUUAAUUAAAUGAGCACAUGUAUAUGAUCAUAAUCAUCGAUUACCUUCAAAACACAUGUAUACCUGUGCACUUUUACCUGUACAUUCAGCACUAUUUGUGCUCCUGAUUGACGUGAAUUUUUUGCUACACUUUGUUAAAAGUUAUGAUAUCUUGGCACAAGAUUGAUUCCAGUGUGUACAUAGAGUACAUUGUGUUGAUGCAGGGUCUAUUUCUCCAUCCUUCUACACCACGCCAAAUACAAUCUGUAUAAAGUAUUUAUUUACCAAGAAUCCACAGUCUAGACCGCUUCAUCUUCUCCACUCAAUCCACCGUCUGCACCAAAUCCAUUAUAAAUACGCAAUCCAGCAUCCAGACACAAUCCAACGUCCGUUUUCCACACACAAUAUACCAUUCACACACAAUACACAAUCUACACACAAUUCACAAUCCACAAAAAAUCUAUCCUACCACCCACACACAAUCCACCAUUCAGACCAAAUCCACCAUCCUCAAUCAAUCCACCAUCCAUACACAAUCCACCAUCCCCACACAAUCCACCAUCCAUAUACAGUCCACCAUCCACACACAAUCCACCAUCCAUACACAAUCCACCAUCCCCACACAAUCCACCAUCCAUACACAGUCCACCAUCCACUCACAAUCCACCAUCUACAUCUACCCUAUCGUCUAUACCCCGAUGACUGUAAUUCCAAGUUGUGAUAUUUUUCAAGUUCUCUAUUUCACGAUAUAUACCUACCUUUAUAUUUUAUAACAACACACAACACAGAAAAGGGAGACUAUUACAUAAACGUGGUUUAAACAGUAAUUUUUGCAGUUAAUUCCCUGUAAGAGUUUUACUUUUUUCCACAAUAUGUGUAAAUAAAUUUCUAUUGUAUACAA